CUUUGGAGAACGCAGACUCUACGAUCGGCCUGUGUGGGUGGCUGCUGGUCUUACUCUCCGUCCUUCUGGUGAUGGUCACCCUGCCCAUCUCCAUAUGGAUGUGCAUUAAGAUCGUGAAGGAGUACGAGCGAGCCAUCAUCUUCCGUCUCGGGCGUAUUUUACGAGGAGGAGCCAAAGGACCUGGCUUGUUCUUCAUCGUGCCGUGCACCGACAACUUCAUUAAUGUGGACAUGCGCACCAUCACCUUCGACAUCCCGCCUCAAGAGGUGCUGACCAAAGACUCUGUGACCGUGAGCGUUGACGGCGUGGUGUACUACCGGGUCCAGAACGCCACUCUAGCCGUAGCCAACAUCACCAACGCGGACGCCGCCACCCGUCUGUUGGCUCAGACCACCCUGAGGAACGUGCUGGGCACCAAGAACCUGGCAGAGAUCCUCUCUGACCGGGAGGAGAUCGCACACAGCAUGCAGUCCACGCUGGACGACGCUACAGAUGACUGGGGGAUCAAGGUGGAGCGGGUGGAGAUCAAAGACGUGAAGCUGCCUCUGCAGCUGCAGAGAGCCAUGGCUGCCGAGGCGGAGGCGAGCCGCGAGGCCAGAGCCAAGGUGAUCGCAGCCGAGGGGGAGAUGAACGCGUCGCGGGCCCUCAAGGAGGCCUCCCUGGUCAUCGCCGAGUCCCCGUCGGCCCUGCAGCUGCGCUACCUGCAGACCCUCAACACCAUCGCCGCCGAGAAGAACUCCACCAUCAUCUUCCCGCUGCCGCUGGAGAUGAUGCAGGGGCUCAUGAAGCGCUGAGGACGAGCCACAGGUCAAACACUCAGAACCUGCAGACCACGAGCUCAAACAUCUGAUUUACUUUAAAAAGCAUUUCAAGCUGUUUUACUUGUUGUCCUGUUUUUACUGAGACUGAUCUGUCUCAACCUCAAGUAGCUGCCAAAAACUGACCACUGAUUUAAAACAACUUUUAAACUAGUUUUACUUUGAUAUUUGUGUUUUUUAGUCUUGUUGGAACCUCAAACUGUCACAUAAGCUUUUUUACUGUUUAAUGGAAAGUGCCUGCUGGGUAAUUCACCUGAAUCUGCUCACACACACACACACACACACACACACACACACACACACUGACAUGUAACAGUUCUGUGACGGAGCUGGAUUCUUUCGUACCUUUUUAUUCCUGCUGUCACUGAAAUCUUCUCUAAAUGUGUUUUUGUUGCUGUUUUAACAGAAGUUUACUACAAAACGUAGUUUUUGAAGUUUAUACGUUGGAACAAACACAUAAAGGCUAGGUAGCUUUUUAUUGCAUUUAUUGUAAUAAAUACUGACGUUUAUGUGAGAAUCAUGUGUAAGAAGCUUGUUUUUAGUGAAAGCUGCAGAUAUUCAGUGUAAACACUUUGUUUCUGUGUAACCUGAACAUGUUUACUGAAAUGUUUCCGUCAGCUCACAGUAUAUAUAUAUAUUUAUAUACGGGUUUUUUUUUUUACAGUAUAUGAAGUAUAAAAACUGUUAUUAGACUGUUGGACCUGAAAGCCAUAGAGCUGAUGUGCGUCGGUGCUCUGCACGCGUCUGUUGCGCCGGUCACUUUGUCGUACUCCUUCAGCCAAAAGCCUUAACUCUCUGCCGUCCCUCCGUCCG